CAGUCUCAAAACAGCUAUAAUGGCUCCCGUCAAGGUCGGAAUCAACGGCUUCGGCCGAAUUGGUCGUAUCCUGCUCCGCAACGCUCUCGAGAAGCCCGAGCUCCAGGUCGUUGCCAUCAACGAUCCCUUCAUUGAGACCACCUACGCUGCCUACAUGCUCAAGUAUGAUUCCUCCCACGGCUCCUUCAAGGGCGACAUUGAGGUCGAUGGCCAGAACCUCGUUGUCAACGGCAAGCCCAUCCGCUUCUACGCUGAGCGCGACCCCGCCAACAUCAAGUGGAGCGAGACUGGCGCCGAGUACAUCGUCGAAUCCACCGGUGUCUUCACCACCGUUGACAAGGCCAAGGCCCAUCUUCAGGGCGGUGCCAAGAAGGUCAUCAUCUCUGCUCCCUCUGCCGAUGCCCCCAUGUACGUGAUGGGUGUCAACCACGAGAAGUACGACGGCUCUGCCGAUGUCCUCUCCAACGCUUCUUGCACCACCAACGGCCUGGCUCCCCUCGCCAAGGUCAUCAACGACAACUUCGGCAUCGUUGAGGGUCUCAUGACCACUGUCCACUCCUACACCGCCACCCAGAAGACCGUCGAUGGUCCCUCUGGCAAGGACUGGCGUGGUGGCCGUGGUGCUGCCCAGAACAUCAUCCCCAGCAGCACUGGUGCCGCCAAGGCUGUCGGCAAGGUUAUUCCUUCUCUCAACGGCAAGAUCACCGGCAUGUCCUUCCGUGUCCCCACUGCCAACGUCUCCGUCAUCGACUUGACUGUCCGCCUCGAGAAGGCCGCCUCAUACGAGGAGAUCACCAACGCCAUCAAGAAGGCCGCCGAUGGCGAGCUCAAGGGAAUCAUGGCUUACACCAACGACGAUGUCGUCUCCACCGACAUGCUCGGCAACAACAACUCCUCCAUCUUCGAUAUCAAGGCUGGUAUCUCCCUGAACCCCAACUUCGUCAAGCUUGUCAGCUGGUACGACAACGAGUGGGGCUACUCCCGCCGUGUCCUCGACCUCUUGGCCCACGUUGCCAAGGUCGAUGCCUCCAAAUAAGCGCCUAGCUCUGUCUAGAUGGGCCCGGGGGUGGGCGUAACUACCUUGUUAAGAAAAAAAAACACCACCAAAAAAAGAGGAAAGCAGGGUGCAAACAGCUACCGCACGCCAGCAUGAAGAUAGACUUCAUGCUGUUUAUUUCCGAGCUUGGAACUGAAAUGGAGAGAAAAGAAACUCCGAACCCUUUUGGGAGAAAAAAAAUUAAUGCCCUUAUGGAUUUGGCGAUGCAAACA